UUCCGCUUUACUGUACGCACACUGCGUUGAUGCGUGGGGUACGUGGGUUUUUCGACGUCAUUAUGAGAAGUUAUCCACUUCCGCUCAAGAUGGCGGCGCAGCGGAGGAAUCUAAUGCAGAGCCAUCAGAGUUGGACAGAUGACCUGCCCCUGUGCCAGUUGUGUGGUGUGGGCAAUGCACCAAACUGUGUGUACGGAACAGAUGGCAAGGGCACUCAGAGCCACCCGUACGAGGAUGGUCAUUUCCGGUUCAGAGGUGAAGACUGCUUCCUGUAUGGUGUGUUUAAUGGCUACGAUGGCAGCAGGGUGGCCAACUUUAUGUCUCAGUGCCUGACUGCAGAGCUCUUACUGGGCCAGCUGAACUCCACACACUCAGAUGCUGACGUCCGCCGGAUACUCUCUCAGGCCUUCGACGCCGUGGAGAAGAGCUACUUUGAAACCAUUGGCGACGUACUGGCCGAGAAAGCCAACCUGCAGUCCCAGAUCCCCGAGGGUGCUCUCUUCCACCAGUUGUCCCCUCAGUGUCAGAAGCUGUCUGACCGGCUGGGCGUGCUGGAACAGGAAGUGAACGGUGGUGCCACUGCAGUGGUGGCCCUCAUCCUCAACAACAAACUCUACAUCGCCAAUGUCGGGACCAAUCGCGCCUUGCUGUGCAAGGCCACGAGCGAUGGCCAGAACCAGGUGAUCCAGAUCGGCCGAGCCCACACCACAGACAACGAGGACGAACUUACCCGGCUGGCACAACUCGGUCUUGACACCAACCGGCUGCGUCAGACCAGCCUCAUCGCCGGCCAGAGCAGCACCCGCCGGAUUGGGGACUACAAGGUGAAGUUCAACUACACGGACAUCGACGUCCUGAGCGCCGCUAAGAAUAAGCCAAUCAUUGCAGAGGCAGAGAUCCACGGAGGCCAGUCGUUGGAGGGAGUGACGGGCUUUCUGCUGCUCAUGUCCGAGGGUCUCAUCAAGGCUCUGGAAUCCGCUCACGGACCCGAGCAGGCCAAUCAAGAGAUGGUUGCCAUGGUGGCGGCAGAGCUGGCCCAGCAGACCACCCUGGAGGCGGCGGCGCAGUCGGUGGUGGAGCGGGUGAAGCGGCUGCACCACGACGCCUUCGUUAGUGGGCGGCAGCGGGCAUCGCACUGCGCGCGGCACGAGGACAUGACCCUCCUCGUGCGCAUCAUCAAUUACCCGCUCUCUGACGGCUCGCUCACGCCCACGCAAGGUGGGCGCAUCUACCCGGUCUCUGUGCCCUACUCCAACAGCCAGAGCACCAGUAAGACCAGUGUGACCCUCUCGCUGGUCAUGCCCUCCCAGGGCACGCUGACCAACGGGACCAACACCGCCUCCACCCUGGAGGGAGGGACCCCCACACCUGGCCAGAGCCCCACCGCCACCCUGCAGUCCACCAACACCCAGACGCAGAGCUCCAGCUCCAGCUCGGGCGACGGCAGCCUCUUCCGCCAGCGGGGGAGCCAGGCGGCCCAGCCGGACGAGACGGGACGCGUGCCGCCCUACGUGGACUUCACCGAGUUCUACCAGCUCUGGGGCUCGGACCACAGCGAUGGACAGAUCACACAGGGCGGGCUGGGCCCUCAGUGAGGAGCCCGGGGGGGGGGGGGGGGUACCGCGGAUCAGAGGGAUUGGACUUUUGGGGUGGAAGUGUUGCAUGGUUGUGGGGUCAGAUGGGUUGCCUGAAGCGGGGCAUCUGUGGGAGUAUGCCGCUAGACUCUAUGAUGAACUCAGCAACUGUGACAUUGUUAAUGCAUAACUCCCAAGUUACGGCUCACAGAUGUCAGCAAAUUCCCGACAUGGAUCUGCCAAGAAUGGCUGUAGUGCAAUUUCUUUCUUUUUUUUUUUUUUUUUUUAAGUUUUUGAUCUUUGAGCCAUGCACGCAUGAGGCAGGCAGACUUCAAGUUCCCAUUGCACCCUGCUCAUAUUUUUAUUUUUAUCUCAACAUGGUCUACGAUCACAGAUGUUUUGAGUAAUGCUGGGAUGAGUGUAGGCAAAGGUUACUAUGGUUGGCACAUUCCAUCACCGAAGGUGAUUGUGUUGAAAAUGGUGAAUUCUAGAAAAGAACUGUAAUGCACAACAUAUAGAAUGCACAGAUAUUCUGUAAUGAUAAACAGGUAACAGAUACAGUAAUAUACACACAACGAGGUGUUGUGAGAAAGGAGCUUUGCUUGUCUCAUCAAGCUUCCACUGAAAACAUGAAUUCGUCAAGAAGGGAAUAUACUUUACACCUCUGUAGUUUUAACUAUUGCCUUCAAUGAGCCAAAGAGAUGGACUGCUAAUGGGCAUUUAAAAAAAACAACAACAACGACUACUUCCUGCUCUGGCAGGAAACAUGGUGGGUGCAAAACUGACACAAAUCAGUCGAUGUUGUCAUUUAACAUGCACCAUGGCUGUUGUUUUUGUUCUUAUUUUCUCAAAGGACAGUGGUGCCGCGUUAAGCUACAUGAGGUACAGAAGUCUAACCGCUCUUUCUCUUUUAAUCAUGUCGUCUUGAAGGAGUGGGUGGGUGACGGGGGUGGUUCAAAUGCCAGCACCUGUCAUGGAGCCGACGGCUGACACGGCACCCACAUCUACGACCAUGAGUUCAGUUCAGGCACCCUGUGGGCCCACGCUAAAGAAAGAGGAAGUCCGUGGGGUCGGAGUGUGAGAGGGGUCGUGACCUUAGCAAAUGCUGUCGUCACUGGGUUAUAUCUGCGAAUGUCACACAUGUAUAUCUCUGUGUUUGUGUUCAUGUCUGUCGUUUGCUCAUAUGUAUUGCGAGCAUUAGUGCCUUGCCAAAGUAAAGUCAUAGAACCUGAA